AUGCUCUCGACACUGAAACGCUUGCUCCCAAUAACAUUCAUCCUCCUCGUGUUCCUGAUCAAUCUCUGUAAAGCGGCCGGUCCAUCCUUUGUGCAGAAUGGAAGAAGCAAUGACGAUCUAAGGCAACUCUCCGCAGCCUUCAGAGACGCAGUCAACCUUGCCAGAGUGGCUAUAAUUGCAUUCAAUGGGGAAAACUGCAACAUCGCCACCGAUGCUGUCUUUGAUCGGUUCUUCCGUCCUCAGGAUGCCACUUUCGUCGAGCAAAUCCUUCGUACCAUUGCCAACAUCGACCUCAACCUGCAAAUCCAUCCCGACACCAUCCUAGGAGUCCUUCGUAGCACUCCGUUGAACCCCACCUUUGAUCGCUUGUCCAUUUCGAUCGGAGACCACCCCAGGGGUCAUCAUUCGGAGUGCAGAAAUGGAGUUCCUGGAAUGAGAUUGUUUGCGUACACGGAGGAACAAAGAGAUGGGAGUGCGUACAUCAGCGUUUGUGACGUAUGUCUCAAGUAUCCCACAAUAGGAGAUAUAACCCACGAUACAUGGCCGAAUGGAACGCCAAAAGGUCCUGGGUAUGGCUGCAAUGGGCUGUUGAAUAGAGAAACGGAAUUCAUGCUCAGCUGCGGUGCUACACUCCUCCAUGAGAUCGUCCACUGGUCAGCGCUAUUUCGAGGCAUCCCUACCUUUAACCAGCUGAUACCGUUUGAUCAUACAACUGGCUUUCGAACCAUCGACGACUUUGAAGGGCCCGAUCCGGCAAACGGGGCUGGGUUUUAUAACGCGAAGCGGCUUAAAGAUUUGGGCCAUAACCCUUUGAACAACGCUGACAACUAUCUCAUGUUUGUGGUUUCGAGUUACUGGAGGUGGCAAUGCGGUAGGGAGUUUGGUCCAGCGCUGUCGAUUCGAGAUGAUUCUGCAAGAUGGGACCAGAUACAUGGUAUAGUCAGCACAAGCAGUUCUGGUAUAAGGAGGCAUGUGAUGCACAAGAAAUGGACACCUAUCAACAACCAGUCUAGCACGGAGCCUAGUGAGCACAACGACGAAACCUGA